GUCUCGCGGCUAAUCCUUCCCGUUGCUAAAACAACAUGGCGGCGCGCAGCACCAAAAUGGAAAUGCGCGAAUACUCCGUCGCUGAACAAGAGCUGCAAGAUCACAUUUUACAAAUCUAUGGAACGAGAGACAACGACGAUGACAUGUUCAGACCAGCUUUGGCAGAUGCACAAAAGAUUGGAUUCUUUAGUUUGGACCGUGCAUCACAGACUGAAGUUACAGAGAUUGUUGACUUAAAGGAGAUGACAGAAGUGCUUCAGAUUCUUCUGCAGGAUGUAAGCAGCUUGCGAAGGGACAUCACUUUCACAAAACAUGUCAUGCAGGCCAAUCAUGAAUCCAAACUGCAGGAAAAGUCACUUGAACUGUACUGUCGUAUCAAUGAAAGAAUCAGUGAACUUGAAAAAAUCCACCUUGAUCGUGUUAACACUUUAAGAAAAGCAUUCAGGCAGCAGCUUGCAGAUGCAGUAGCUCGGCUUUCUGUGAUGUACAAGAAAAACCUUGACGCCAACCUGCAUCGUGAAAGAACUCGCCAGGCCAGUGACCUGAAGGGUCAAGGAGAUCGUAUCCAGGAGCUCAAGUCAACAAUUGCACACAACGAGUCUAUCAUUCGAAUGUUACAACUUCAGCUUCAACAGCAGCAACAGGCUAAAGAGCAGGAGAGAAGACUUAUCUUAGAUGACCUCUCGUCGGUAAAGAGUAGGUCUGGGCACAACACACCAAGCCCUGAGAUGAAAAAGGUAGAGUCACCUCGUUCGGACUCGCGACUGAAUGCACUGCAAGAUGAAGUGGAGGAGCUGAGAGAAGAGGCCGAGCAGAUGGAGCGACAGGUGCAGCGACUAAGUGAGGCGCUAGACAUCAAAGAAGAGGAGAACGCAAACCUGAAUAAAACUUUGGAUGAUGUGCGGCAAGAACUGGAGAAGCAACAGAUUCUUGUGGAUCAGCUCAAACAUGAGAACGAGGAAAUCAGAAUGGAAGCUGAGAAAGACAUGCAGGCUUCCAAGAAACAUGCUGAUCAAGUGCUGAUGAAGCAGAAGCUUGAGUUGGAGCAGGCCAAUGCUGACUUGGUCAGGCAGGCAAAGGAAGAGGCAUUGAGGCAAGCGAAGGGAGAGGCUCUGAAGCUGCAAGCAGAAGAACAAGGCCGCCUGAAGGAGUUGAUGGACCAGAUGAAGGAGCUUGAGAAACAGCUUUCAGCAGAGCGUUCAAAAGCCUUAGAACGCAGUACUAAAGGUGCAGCAGAAAACGAUUCUUUGAGGUUGUCGGAAGCACAGCUGAAAAAUGAAGUGAAAAAGCUGAAAGAAGAGAUUGAGCGAAUCCAUCGAAUGUGGGAAAAGAAGUUCUCUGUUCUUCAGGCAAGCAUGCAUGCACUGAAGGAUGAGAGCUAUCUCCGGCAGACGUUGCAGCGACAGGCAGCAGCUCUCCACUAUGCUUCAGUCAGUUAUGCAGCAGAUGUCCCUGCAGGAGACACACAGUCUAAUGCUGGAAGUUUGCCCAAAAAGCCACUGCCGAACAUUCGUCACAGUGGACGAUCAAGAGGACAAGCAGAUCGUGACUACAUUUCUUAUACUGUGUCUGCACAGAGUGGACGAAAGACAGAACCUUUGUCUGUAGAUGAAAACCAGGUGGCAUCAGACCCUGAGCAAGAUCUGCCCAGUGAUGUCCCACCUUUGCCAGAGCCACCCCGCAGGACCCCUCAGGAUUGUGGUGUUCAAGACAGCAGACCAUCCACUCGUUCACAUAUAGUGGUCUUGCCAACUGGUGAAGUGUAGUAAAUGUGUACAUGCAUACUUGUUCAUAAUGAUAUGAAAUGUACAUAAUUUGUCCAUAAUAUAUAUUUGUAAAUUUACUAACUUUAAACCUUCAGUAUGAGAAUUCAACAGCAUGUAGACAAAAGCACGAGUGUCAUCUGAGAGAUUUGUGUAUUUGUAGCAUGUGUAUUUACAUCAUAAAGGGUUGAAAAUUAGGUAGUGACGUUGGCUGGUUCAUCGUCUAGAAGUUUUUGCUGGUUUUUUUUUUUUUUCCUUGCUAGCAGCGAUGCUGUCUCACUGCGAGAAAAGCGAUCAGAAAAAAAAGUGGUAAAUAGACUGUGCAAAACCCAUUACCUUUAACCUUUUGGCUGAAGGGGAUAUACUCUUCAUAAAAAUGUUUGAUGAAGUAUUUAUAUUGUUUCUUAAAUCUGGCAGUAAUUUGCUCUCCACUUCAAUUUUUAAACAAUCUUUUGGACACCAUAUAUUUUAUUGCCCCAGAUGUCUAGAACUCAUUAAACAUUGAUUUUAGAAAUGCAGAUUCUGAAGUUUCAAAUCUCAGGUAAAACAUCCUCUCCUCCUAUCUCAAUUUAUAUCUCCAAUUUACUUCUUGUACAGUGAAUAGUGAUACACGUUCUCAGUCUUCAGUUAUGUAGUUAUGCUAGAUCACACGUGCAUUUUUAAAAAAAAUUAUUGUUAAGCACCUAAAUGAAAAUUGCAUGUAAAAAGAGUGCUUUAUUAUUAUUUGCAGAAAGUUCCCCCUCCCCACCAUCCCUACCAUAUAAAGACGUCUUAAACAUAUUAUCAUUUACAUGAAAAACAAUUGCACAGACCAAAUUGUGUGAGUGCUUGUGUCCGUUGCUGGAAUUUGCUGAAGGUGAGAGGAAUUCCUGUAUUGUAUGCAUUCUUCUAAUGACUGUUUAGAUAACAAUGUUUGGCAUAAUUCUGGGAGCAGUCAGUCAUUGGUUUCCUGUUUUGUGGUAGCCAUCAGUGCUGGGGCAGUUUUCUGUUUAGCCACACAACUGCUGCUUCUUGCUUCUGCACUUAUCCUGGUACCUCCCUCCUAUUCCAUGUUUUUAGGAUAGACAUAAUUAUUAUUGUUAUCCACAAAAUUUGUGUAUAAACUUUUUGAUCUGGAACUUUGCUUUGGUGUCCUUAGAACAUUAAAAGUAGCUUUUUAAAUUGCAUUGUUUAAAAACAUUCUUAGUUAACUGUUGAAAUUUCACAUAAAUGCCUGUAGAAUUGAAAAAAAAAGAACCCUUUAAAACCUACACCACAUUCAAGAUUUAAAUAUAUUUAUUUACACAG